AUCAAGUAAUGUAACAUAAUAUUUAUAUCCUUGAACAAUCAUAAAUUCUUUAACUUGACAUUUAUUAUAUAGAAUUUUAUUCUUUACUUUCAUACUUUAUUAUACUUCCAAUGUAUUCUAUGCUGAAUUGUAAUAUAGCUGACAGAAAGAAUAAUAAUAAGCAGUUUAAUCUGAACUCAUUCAAUUUUGAGCUGUAUGUUAAAUCAGCAUUUUUUAAUGAUGUUCUAAAGAAUUAUAGAAAAAAUGCACUCAUGAAAACCUAUUUAAGCAUAUAAUUUAAGAUAGCCUUUUAGAUAGAAUUUGCGCUAAUCAUGCAAACAAAAUUCAUUAGUAAUUUACAUGACAAAAAAAUUGUUCCUUCGAUCCUUAAAUUCUAAAAAUAAAUCUUCAUUUGAAAACAACACAUUUUCCAGUCGCAUAAUAUUGUUUCUUCUGCAAAUAUAAUUGUCUGAUGAGAAGAGGACCUUAAACUUUUGCUUCUCUUUUUUAACAGUCCCUAAACAGCAGUGGUUGUUAACACUGAAACACAGGAACAUGAUGAUGUUAUAGCUGGAGUGGGACAGUCCCUCACAAGUCAGCUGACACAGACAUAUAAAUUACAACACACUUUCAAUUCCAGUUAACUCACUGCACCAAGAGCAAAGAGGAAUUAUGAUUUUGCUUAUUUCCUAAUAACAUUCAAUUGCAUUAGAAACUAUGGCUAUCUUAACAUCAGUUCUGUUGCUGGGACAUCUUCCAAUGAUUUGGACUAUAAACAUGACCUUCUUCCCAUGUGAUGCUAGUGCCACAGGCAAUGAAGUAUACUGCUCUAACAGACCACUCAUCCAAGUCCCCUUAUUUCACUCAGAAACUGUUCUGCUGGAUUUGAGUAAUACUAAAUUAAGAAAUCUGCAACAACGUUCUUUUCAGGGCAUCCCAAACCUUCAGACUUUAAAAGUAAAUUGUGUACCCAAUUGUGAAGUGCUGAAGCCAUACAAAUUGGAAAUUGAGAAAUACACUUUUAGAGCUUUUCAAAAGCUUGAAACCCUCUCUCUUUAUGGAAAUGGCCUCUCAUCUCUCCCCUGGUUACCCGAAAGUCUGAAGUAUUUGGAUAUAAGAAGUAACAGCAUUUUUCGCAUUGACAGCUUAAAAACCCCCAAUCUUAAUUUUCUUUUGCUCUCAAAGAAUUGUUAUUAUGCCACCAAAUGCAAACAGUCUCUCCACAUAGGUGAGGAUGUUUUUAAAAAUCUACCCAAUUUAAGAAACCUGUCUUUAGGGUAUAAUAACCUGAAAACAGUUCCCAAAGGAUUACCUUUGUCCCUUGAAUAUCUGGAUCUAAAAGAGAACAAAAUUACUGAAAUACCUGAUAAUGCAUUCUCCAAUUUGACCAAACUGACUUAUCUGAAUUUGGAGUGGAACUGCCAGCGCUGUGACCAUGCAGUAAGACCAUGCUUUCCUUGUCCAGAUAAUGAUUCUUUGAAAUUAAACUCAUCCUCACUAUUUUGUGAAAAUAGUUCCAUUUCCAGUCUAAGCUUAAGAGGGAACUCCCUAAAAAAGUUUCCAGAAGGCUUUUUUUCAGCGUUAAAAAAACUGAAAAGGUUGGAUUUAUCAGACAAUUUUCUUGCCCAAGAGAUUCAAAAUGGUACCUUCUUUACAGAGCUGACAGGCUUACUAUGGAUAAGCCUUGUUUAUAACUAUGAUCCUAAAGUAACAUACGCUGAACUCAACCUUCCAUCACAUCUUGCUGAAAUGUCAAAGCUACAAACUCUACGUCUUACUGGUUAUUUUUUCCAUAAGCUGUCAAAUGACAGCUAUAAAGUUCUAUCUAAACUUCACUAUCUAAAAACUUUAGAUUUUUCUAUGAACUUCAUAAAUGUCAGUAAUAUGUCAGCUCUCAGCAUAUUACCGUCAAUCAGAAAUAUUAACCUUUCCCAAAACAUACUUAAAGGUGUCAGUUUGUGCAACAACCCUCAUGUAUAUUCACUCUCUGCACAAUCCUUUGUACAAACAGAAAGAAAAGUGCCCAAUGUUGAAUAUAGCUCACAGGAUCAGCCAGAUAUGAUAUCAGACGAUACGUUUUUAACAAUAGUAGACUUUAGAAGACGUAUCUGCACCAAUUCACUGACAUUUAACUUAUCUGCAAAUGAUAUUCUCCUCCUUGACCAAGAUGUGUUUAAAGGGAUGGAGAAUGCUGUUUGCAUUGACCUUUCCCUUAACUACAUGAAUCAGCAAUUAAAGGAAGGACUUUUCACAAAUUUGAGAAAUUUGUCUUAUCUUGAUUUGUCAUACAAUAGAUUUGAUCUUUAUUACAAUGAGUCUUUCAGUGAACUCAAAAACACCCUUAAGGUGUUGGACCUUAGUAAUAAUAAUUUCCAUUUUAGCUUACAGGGUUUGGGUCAUAAUUUUGAUUUUCUUAAUAAUCUGACAGAAUUAUCAGUUUUGAGUUUAGCAAACAAUCAUAUUGGGAUGCGCAUAAGCAAGAGACUUUUCAGUAGUUCCUUAAAUUACUUAUAUUUCAACGGAAAUCACUUAGGUGUUAUGUGGGAACCGGAAAACUAUAACUACCAUUAUUUUUUUCAAAAUCUGACAAAUCUAACUCACCUAGACAUUUCUGAUAAUCGCCUAACUGAGAUUAUACCAGAAAUUUUGUGUAACUUCACAACAAGCAUAAGAUUUCUUAGAAUCAGUGGGAAUGAACUGACGAGUUUUCCCUGGCAAAACCUGUCCGUAUUGCUACAUUUGGAAUACUUGGACCUUAGUCACAAUCACAUUCAACAUUUACCACAAAGGAUACAGUUUGGAGCCAAUUUUUCCACUUUGGACCUCAGCCACAAUGGGAUUGCUGUUAUUCCUGAUCUCCUUUUCUCAAACAUUAAAUCAUUACAAUGUCUAUAUCUCAGUAACAAUCAGAUAAAGGAGUUUAAUCAGGAAUUAUUCCCAGCCCCAUUCAAAAAUGGUAGCACUCUACGUGAACUAAGUCUUCAUUACAACCCCUUUAGGUGUGACUGUGGCACGGCUUGGUUUGCAGACUUUUUGAGUACAACUCCACUAAAGAUUCCUUAUCUCACCACCUUAGUGCAAUGUGGAUUUCCAGAGUCACAACAGGGAAAAAGCAUUCUCCAUUUGGCUGGACAGAGAUCCUGUCAGGACAUAUAUGGGGGUCUGGCUUUCCUCGUGUGCACCCUCUUGUGCGUGAUGUUGACAGCUAUUCCCCUGCUGAAUCAUCUCUACAGCUGGGACUUGUGGUACAGCAUCCAAGUGCUUUGGGCUGGAUACAGGGGUUAUUCUCAGUUAGGAGGAAGUGACUCCAAACAUCUUUAUGAUGCGUUUGUGCUGUUUGACACUAAAAACCAUGCUGUAAGAGACUGGGUUUACAACGAGUUAAUCUCUCAUUUGGAAAACACAGAGCACCGAAAAUUUAGCAUUUGUUUGGAAGAGAGGGACUGGGUCCCAGGAGUGUCCUGUAUAGAGAAUCUACACAAUGCUGUCUACAAAAGUGUGAAGACAGUGUUUGUCUUGUCCUGUGGAGGAGACACAGCAAACGGGGUAAUACGCCAGGCCUUCUUUAUGGUUCAGCAGAGACUUCUGGAUGAAAAGGUAGACUCAGCUGUACUAGUGCUGCUGGACGACAUGUUUCCAAAACUCAAGUAUCUGCAGCUGAGAAAAAGACUGUGCAGGAGGUCUGUUCUGUCCUGGCCCAAAAACCCAAAGGCUCAGCCUCUGUUCUGGAAUCAUCUGAGGAUAGCUUUAUCUUUGGACAACCUCAAGUUUUAUGACAAAAACAUGAGUGAAAGUUUUGUCUAACUAAAGCUACUGUACAAUUACAUUACAUUCCCUAUGGCUUUAAACGCUCUUACGAACAGUAGAGCAUAAUGCAGUUUUAAAUGUAAUGUGUACGUGAAUUUUAAAAGUAGUAGCCCUACUUGUUUCACUAAUAGAUGAUUCAUAAAUGUGGUUAAUGCAUUUUCUGUGUAACUAAAGCAACUUCCCUCUUCUGUAUCAUGUGACAAACGUUUCUGCUUUAUUGAAUUUUUUAUUUUUUUUUCCACCAUUUUGCUCUAAUUAAUACAGUGUAAAUCGAACUAAAAGUUCCCAGUAAAAAGGUGUUUAGGAAAAUGUAAAUCUUUCUUAUCGUCUCUGUAUUUAAAUAUUAAAAAUCAGAACUGGUUGGUUCCGACAUGCA